UAAGGUUUGGAAUGUAAACAACCUACAAAAAAUGUUUAAAGCCACUAUUUAAGUUUGUGAAACAUCAAAAUAUACUAAAAUCGAUUACUGUCUCCUGUUUAUUUGGUUUGCUUAUUCAAAAUUCUUAUACAACUGGCGACUCGAUUCGUUUUUUUGUCAGUGCGAGUUUUGGGAAUAAGGAGGCAUAGGGAACGAUGGCAUAUUCCUUCGCUCAAAGUGUUAAGGAAAAUAAUAGACAUACUGAUGAUCGUAUACCCCAAGAUGCGGAUGGUUAUGUUGAUUUGAGCGAUAAUAACGACAUAGGAUUUGCAUGGAUAGAUAAUGUGGAAAGACAAAUUAACUGGGAUAAAACUGUCCGUGAUGUAAAUGACGACAACUUUAUGACAGCACGUGGAGAUAUGUUAAGGACAACGCUUCACCAAGAUACUAAGGAGAGUCCGCAACAUAAUGGUGACCUUGGGGAAACGUAUAAGAAGGAUUUUUUACGAGGUACUGGUCGUGACGUCAACAUUAUGUUAGGGGUAAAACAGAAAGAAAAUGACCAUAGGCCAACAAGGGAUUAUAAAUUAGGAGCAUCUGGGAGGUGUCCUGACUUAGAAUUUUCUAGAAGAGUCGAUUUUCUCGGAAAAUCUAAAAAGAGAAAUGAGCUAGACCGAAGUAGAGUGGCACAGAGUUUCGACACCGGCCGCAUAGAUAACGCCAUACAAUCUAGUCGACGCGAUAACAAUCUCAGAAUGACAUCUGUCCAAGACACUCAUUUAGAAAACACGCAAGAUUACGACAACUUAGGACAGACAUACAAGAACAAUGUCUUCCAGGGAACUGAGUGUGAUCGGGACAAAAUAACGAGCAGAGAAGACCCGGAUUCCUCCACAGAUUAUGAAACAACCACCCGAUGGGGACAAUCAAAAUACUAUAAAAGGUCGAGAAAAAACCCAGCGUCCCCAACAUACGAUAGAACAGCCUUUCGAAAGAGUAAACACGGUGAUGCCGGCAGAAAGCUGUCCACCUUAGCAGAGGUGAAUAAAAAAGAUGGACUGCAAGCAGCAAAAACGUAUGACUAUGCUUAUUCUGGUGUCAUUAGCAAGAGUCAGGCGAACAAUAACGCACACACUCCAGGCUGGAAUAUGAUGGCAGACUCGCCUUUCAUGGGAAAUAUGAACAACCAGUUCAACCAGGUAAUACCGAGGUUGGCGCCAAGCUCUACUAUGAGCGACUACAGUUCGGAGAAAUGGGAUGAACAGAGUACCACCGAUAGCAGCAGUACUGGAUCGAUUUCACUAGAGGAGCAAGCGGCGAAGCGAUCCAGACUGAUCAUUGUAUGCUUGAUUCUCAUUGCAAUUUUAUCUCUGAUUGCGAUUGUUGUGCCCGCGGUGAUACUUGUUUCCAGACCUGAUGAUAUCACUGAGAAAUACGCAUUGGAAACUCGAGUGAUCAGUGAAUCGUUCACAGAUGAACUACAAAACAACCAGUCUGAAGAAUACCGUAAUUUUACAUCUCUAUUUUGCAAAGAGUUGGAACGGACUGCCAAUGAAAGCAAUCAACAACAGCAUUUCAUAAAAUCGUUUGAGGGAUGCACGGUUUCAAGAUUAAGAAGAGGCAGUGUUGUUGUCAGUUUCAUAAUUGUAAUAACGCGGAGUAAAGGAUCAAACAGAUUGUCAACGGACACACUUAAAUCGUUGCUAGGAAUUUCAAGUUCCGAAGAUGUUCAGUUAGGGUCAUUUAUAAUCGGAACUGAACUCGUUGUCCUGGAUGUAAAAAUCCUUGAAAAUGAUGAACCUGCUAUUCCUAACAGAAUUGCAUACAACAAGGCAUGUACAUUGCACGACACUUGCGCGAACCCCCUUGCUAUGUGUAGGACUGGAACAUGUUUAUGUCCUCUACACAGAUUCUACGACAUUGAAAAUGAGGAAUGUGUACCAGUAAACUGUGGAAAUCUGCCUAGCAUUGAGAAUGGGAAUAUGACCAGCAAUGGUUCAAUGUACGGGAGCAUCCUUUCAAUUUUAUGCUACGAGGGACACCAGUUUCAUGACGGUGGCAAUAGGACUAAUAUAGGCUGUGUCGCACACGGUUCUUGGGGAGAACUACCUCCGUGUAUUCCAAAGAAGUGCUCCUUUAUUCAAUUAAACGAGCAUGUGAUUCUUGAAAAUGGAACGAUUGAAGCGUCAUACAGUUAUGGUACGACUUUAGGGGUUCACUGCGAGAAUGGUUACACAUUACAGGGCGAGGUUACAAUUACAUGUCAGUCAGACACAAUUUGGACUAAUGAUACUGUAUGCAUCCCAAUAAACUGUACUGGUUUCGAUAUUCCUCGCAACACUUACAUUGAGAAAGGGAUGAACUCCAAGCACAUAUACAAAGACAAUGUUACUUUUGUUUGCAAAGAAGGAUUUACUAUGAUUGGCGACGCUAUAAUAACUUGCCAGGCAAAUAAGAGUUGGACUUCACUUCCUAGCUGUGCUCCUGUAAACUGCACAAACGUUGUCCUUCCAUCACACUCUGGCAUUAUUACAGACAACCAUUCAGAAAUGCUAGUUUAUAACGACUCUCUUACACUCUUCUGUGAUAAUGGAUAUGAUCUGAAUGGAAGUUCAGAGGUGUGGUGCCUGCAUGAUGGAAACUGGACUCAAUUUCCGUCCUGUGACCCGGUGAGAUGCGAGAAACUUCUUUGGCCUGUGAACUCAGUCAUAAACAUGAACCUGACAAAUCUACUGGUGUAUAAUGAAUCUAUAAGCAUUGAGUGUAUAAAUGGUUACCAAUUGAAUGGAUCUGACACAGUCACAUGUUUGUCCGACGGUAACUUGACUGAUGUUCCAAACUGUGAUCCUGUUGUAUGUAAACAAUUUACAGUACCAGAUUUUAGCAAGAGAAUGGGAAUGGCUGUGAAUGAUAUUGCAACAGAAUAUUAUGUUAACGACACGGUAAUAUUUGAAUGCUUAACGAAUUACGUCAUGUUCGGGAAUGCAAACGUGACGUGUUUAUUUGAUGGAAAUUGGAGUCCAUUGCCAAAAUGCGUUAACUGUCAGAACUUUACCGUGGACGAUGGAACCGUAAUUAUUGAACAGCCAGAAGCAGUAGUAAUGUGUAGCACAGGCUUUGUUUUAGAUGGAAAUGACACUGUAAUAUGUAAUGAAGAUGGGAAUUGGACAACGUUGCCAGUUUGUAAACGAAAACCUUGUCCUGAUUUUAUAUUACCACAAAAGGCAUACGCCAAUGAGCAAAAUACAAAUAACAACGUGUUUGGAGAUAUUUUAAAUAUUUCAUGCUCUACAGGUUAUAAGGCUAAUGGAAACGAGUACCUCACUGUCGCUUGCAGUUCUAGCGGGAAAUGGAAUGACAGUGUAGUGUGUAAUCCAGUAGUAUGUACCAAUAAUCAUGUUCUUAACUCCGGGUACAUUUUAAGUGAUCUGUUAAAUGAGUAUGACUUUAAUACUUCUGUAACUGUUGCAUGCGCAGAUAACUAUACCAUGUUUGGUGAAGGCAUCGUGACGUGUUUAGCUGACGGUAAUUGGAGUAGCAUCCCAAAAUGUGUACAGUGUUCAGAAUUUGAAAUUGAAAACGGAACUGUAAAUAUAUCUCAGCCAGUGGCAAAAGUGAUGUGUGACACGGGAUUUAUUUUAGAUGACAAUGACACUGUUAUUUGCAAAGAAGAUGGAAAUUGGACGGCACUUCCAGUAUGCAAACGAAUUCCCUGUCCUAAUUUCAACUUAACCCAAAUGGCUUACGCUGAUAGAAACAUCACAAAUAACGUGUUUGGAGAUAUUUUGACUAUUUCAUGCGGUAUAGGAUACAAGGCUAAUGGACAAGAAUAUGUGAAGGUUGCCUGCAAUUCUAGCGGGAAAUGGAAUGAUAGUGUAGAUUGUGAUCCAGUAAUAUGUCGCGGUAAUGAUACUCCUGCCAAUGCAUACAUUUUAAAUGGCUCGUCAAAUGAACUAUCUUUCAAUACUUCUGUAUCUAUUGCAUGCGAAGAGAAUUAUACAAUGUUUGGCGAAGACAUCGUGGCGUGUUUAGCUGACGGUAAUUUGAGUAGCAUCCCAAAAUGUGUACAGUGUCCAGAGUUUGAAAUUGAAAACGGAACUGUAAAUAUAUCUCAACCAGUGGCAAAAGUGAUGUGUGACACGGGAUUUAUUUUAGAUGACAAUGACACUGUUAUUUGCAAAGAAGAUGGAAAUUGGACGGCACUUCCAGUAUGCAAACGAAUUCCCUGUCCUAAUUUCAACUUAACCCAAAUGGCUUACGCUGAUAGAAACAUCACAAAUAACGUGUUUGGAGAUAUUUUGACUAUUUCAUGCGGUAUAGGAUACAAGGCUAAUGGACAAGAAUAUGUGAAGGUUGCCUGCAAUUCUAGCGGGAAAUGGAAUGAUAGUGUAGAUUGUGAUCCAGUAAUAUGUCGCGGUAAUUAUACUGCUGCCAAUGCAAUCAUUUUAAAUGGCUCGUCAAAUGAACUAUCCUUCAAUACUUCUGUAUCUAUUGCAUGUGAGGAGAAUUAUACAAUGUUUGGCGAAGGCACCGUGACGUGUUUAGCUGACGGUUAUUUGAGUAGCAUCCCAAAAUGUGUACAGUGUUCAGAAUUUGAAAUUGAAAACGGAACUGUAAAUAUAUCUCAACCAGUGGCAAAACUGAUGUGUGACACGGGAUUUGUUUUAGAUGACAAUGACACUGUUAUUUGCAAAGAAGAUGGAAAUUGGACGGCACUUCCAGUAUGCAAACGAAUUCCCUGUCCUAAUUUCAACUUAACCCAAAUGGCUUACGCUGAUAGAAACAUCACAAAUAACGUGUUUGGAGAUAUUUUGACUAUUUCAUGCGGUAUAGGAUACAAGGCUAAUGGACAAGAAUAUGUGAACGUUGCCUGCAAUUCUAGCGGGAAAUGGAAUGAUAGUGUAGAUUGUGAUCCAGUAAUAUGUCGCGGUAAUUAUACUGCUGCCAAUGCAAUCAUUUUAAAUGGCUCGUCAAAUGAACUAUCCUUCAAUACUUCUGUAUCUAUUGCAUGUGAGGAGAAUUAUACAAUGUUUGGCGAAGACACCGUGACGUGUUUAGCUGACGGUAAUUUGAGUAGCAUCCCAAAAUGUGUACAGUGUCCAGAGUUUGAAAUUGAAAACGGAACUGUAAAUAUAUCUCAACCAGUGGCAGAAGUGAUGUGUGAUACAGGUUUUGUUUUAGAAGGGAAUGACACAAUAAAAUGUCAAGACAAUGGUAAUUGGACGACGUUGCCACAUUGUGAAAUUGUAGAUUGUGGUCCACCAGAUAAUGUCGACAAUGGUAUAAUUGAAUUAAAUGCUGCAAAUGAGACAGUGUUUAAAUCUAAAGCUUAUAUAAAGUGUGACUAUGGCUUUGAAAUAUCAGGAGAUGGGAUCCUUAACUGCGAAGCAAAUGCUUCAUGGAUUGGGUAUAAACGUUGCAACAUUAUUACCUGUCCAACUUACAAUGUUACAGCAAAUAUGGCUAUUAUGAAUGAUACUGGUUUAGAUAUGUAUGACUUAAACACCACAUUACGACUUAAUUGCACUGAUGGUUAUUCGUUCACUACUAAUGAAACAUUUGUUGUUUGCGUUGCAAGUGGUGGUUGGGAAGGCAAUCCUGCAUGUCAUAUUGAUCAGUGCACGGUAUUUGACAUCGACAACGGAAACUAUUCUUCAAUGUUAUCUGUAGUUGACUUUAAUGAAACGAUAAUAUUUUCCUGUAACGACGGGUAUGAUAUAUUUGGCGAAAACAUACUUGUCUGCGGUGCCAAAGGACGGUGGAGUGAUUAUCCGAAAUGUGUUCCCAUUAAUUGUACAGCCUUCGAGAGGCCAAAUAAUAGUACAGUAACGCCGGAGAAAGACAUAUAUAUUUUUAAUGAUUCUGUCGUAGUGAACUGUUCGGAAGGGUUUGAACUUGUCGGAAAUGCUUCAACGCAGUGUCUUCCAAAUGGAAGCUGGACGUCUUAUCCAACGUGUGAACGGGUCGGCUGUGGCAAAUAUUCAGUAGCUAAUGGUAAAGUAAACAGUACAGAGGAUAUAAAUGGUACAACAAUGCAUGUCGUUUGUGACGUUGGUUAUUCACUCGUCGGUAAUAGCACAGUUGUUUGCAAGGAGGACGGAUCAUGGACGAGUGGUGUGUCUUGUUUGAUAAUUGAUUGCGGUAACUAUACUGCAAAUGCAAGUGCGAGAUAUAACGUUGAUCCGGGAGAAACACAAUUUGACAGCAGACUUCAGGUUACCUGCAUCCCGGGGACAGUUUUCACGGAGAGUUCUGACAAAGAAGUUAUUUGCAAAGAAAACGGUUGGCAUGGGAACCCAGAGUGUGAAAUACCAGUAAAUUUUGUUUCCAACACUUACGAACUGUCAGUCAGUGAGCCAGGAAUAAUCACAUGCAUCGGUAGCCUUUCCAAUUGGACGCAAAUCCACAUAGAGAGUGAAGAUGACUCCACUUCCGUUAUUCUGUUUGCAAACGGAACAAACAAUUUAGGGAAUACAACCAACAUUGAUGUAUCAAGGAGUGUGAUAAAUGAAACCGCUGCAAUGUUGGUUGUAGAUUUCACACCAGUGGCUUGCCCUGCCACAGGCGAAGAGUCUUUGAACUAUACAUGUGCAAUUCAAACGGACAGCGUUAAUUAUUCUGCAAUAACCAGCAUACGGUUUCACAAAGCUCGAGGUAACCUGACAUUUGUAUUGCCGAAAAGUGCGCAAGAGGGAGAGCUCACAGGCCAAAGAGAUCCGCUACAGUGUUCGUUGGAGCUAGGGUAUCCAGCAGAGCAGUUCGUUCUUAAAAUUGAAACAUACAACUCUAGCACGAGGAACUAUGAAACAUUCAACAGAGGGAAGAAUCAAUCCACAGUAGCUGGUGAAGACUGUCCGCCUAACAUAAAAUUGGAAUAUAUAAACAUGAACUUUUCCUCAACUGAAAAUGGCACGCGUUUACGAUGCAGUGCAUAUGAAAAUGCUUCAUUCUUGGAACCGAAGUUUUAUACAGAAGAUUUACAGCUUAACAUCAUAAGUAAUCCCUGUAAUGGCACUGGAACUUAUACUAUCAAACACCCAACAGCUUGUGAAUAUUUCAUUAAGUGUCAGAAUGGAAUAAUGAGUGCUCUGCGGUGCGAGGCAGAAGGCACUUGCCCUAUCAUUUUAGACUUAGACUUCACAGCAUGCACAUCAGAACAAUGUAACGAAUGCUAGUAUUGAUGUUCAGAAUUAGAAAAUGCACCCACUUCCCGAGUUAUUGAUGAAAUUUUAAUUUCAAAUACGAGGGUUAUGUAUAGAAGCUAGUUUAUACAAUAGUGUCAACCAAACGACAAAGCUCUCUGAUGUCAUUAGGUAAACUGUGUGAGUUAUUCAGGUGUGUUAAUAAAAUACUAUUCGUUUGCCAUUUCUAAACGGAACCUUUUAAUGAUAUGGAGUAUUUUGAACUAUUGACAUAUAUUGUCAACAACUGAGAUGGGUUUUUUUCUGAGUAAUCGUUGGUUUCACUUUAUCCAAAGAAAAGAAGGAAACUCGGACUUCAAAUUGUGUGUGAAGAUUUAAUUUUUAUGUGCGUUUUUCGCCGAGAAUGUAUUACUUUUUUAUUAUUGUAUUUGUAUUGUUGUCUUUCGUCAUAUCAGUCGAAAUUCGUCCAAUUAUGAUGUUUCGUUUUCCUUUUUUAUAUUGAUUUCAAUAAUUAUAGGUUAUCUAACAUUGUUCUGUACAAUACGGAUAUCAAUUUUGACGAGAACAGAGCUUGGAAAGUCAUAUUACAUUAAUAUGGAUUUCCAAGAUGUGUUCGAGUCCGAAUAUAUUCCGUAUUGUACUGAACAAUGUUAAAUGACCUUUUUAUUCUAUAACUAUAAAUAUAAUCCCAUUUAUAUUCUGUAUUGUACAGAAAAUGUUAAAUAAAAAAAAUCUUAAUAAUAAUAAUAAUAAUAAUAAUAAUAAUAAUAAUAAUAAUAAUAAUAAUAAUAAUUUUUAAUAAUAACAACAACAACAACAACAACAAUAAUAAUAAUAAUAAUAAUAAUAAUAAUAAUAAUAAUAAUAAUAAUAAUAAUAACUUCCGUGUUUAUAAACGACAAUAUCGAUCCGAUAAUAACCGAGCUUUAUCGUAACGCUUUAUUUAGAGCGCCUGUUGAUUCGGAUUUUCAUUCGGAACCUUUUCACGGGUUUCGGACUUUAUCGAAGGUUUAACAUGGGACAUGUGAUUCGUACAAUACGGAAAAAAUAUGGCAUUUUUGUACGCGCGUGCGUCCCAAUACGGUAAAAUAUUGUACAGUCACGUGGUUCAAAAGUGCGUCUACAAUUCGACGUAUGAUUAAGGUAUAGAAUAAUAUAAAACUAAUUGUAGGCUACCGUGUAAUUUCAAGUUACAUAUAAAUAAUAGCAACAUAUAACAGAUAUGUACACUUUUUAAAAUCUCAUAUUUCGUUCCAAAGUGGUAACCCCUACAUUUAUUGAUUAAGAUAUUUUGGCGCAUGUGUGAUCUGUCUGUCUGUGUUGUUCAUACGUGUUUUGUCUCUGGUUCAAUGUCUGUUAGGCCUUGGCUUUUUGCCUUUAGAAAGGUAUUUGUCAAAUGUUUGGUUACUGGACUUGUCAUUGUAGUUUCUAUUGUAUUAUGGAAAUGUCAUUUCGACCUGUUCCUAUUUUUCAUGUUUGUCUAACCAUUAUGAGUUUUGCUAUUUUGUAUUUUAGUAAAACAAUUAUUUGA